AUGGACACUGUGAUUGCAGCACUACAAGACUGCAACUUAAGUGCCUCUCAGUUCAUCAUAUCAAUUCUACAAAAUCAACAAUAUAAUGGACAUCAUCUUGUCGAAGACCUUCUUGUCCAUUGUAAUGAAAUCUUCGAUGCUUUCAUUGAACAUACUUCUCCUACAAGAGAGCAAUACAUCAGAGAGAUUAAAUUAAACUCAUCGGAAGAAGGGGGUUGGCACUUCGGACCAUCACACACAACUACACAACAGGUAGAGGACUUUAGCGUCAAGGAGAUGGACAGAGAAAUGCAGUCUUGCGCACCCGCGCUGUGGGAUUUACUUGGGCAUCUACUCGGGGCUGAUGAUUCACCUUCAUGUGAGGCAAAGGACACUGAUGGUGAUGUUCUCAUGGGAAAUAUGCUUGGGAACAGUUCUAGGAUAGUACACGAGGAAGAUGACAGCUAUUGGGAUGAUUUAGAUGAGAUAGAUCUUGAGGGUUUUAUCAAUGGGCUCACGUCAUGCACUACGCCGGAUGAUAGUAAUAAGCAAACCUUGCGGCACGCUGCAAUCAUUACAAUCGUAAGCAUCGCCCCUAUCUUUACAAUGAAUCUGAACAAAUAA